UUCUGCAAUGCUUAUACAAUUGUAAUUUCAAUUGCUAUCAAGUCUGAAUUUAAAGGAAAAGAAAAAAAAUCUUUUCAGCCUGGAUAUAAAUGGAAAGGAUUGCAUUUCACAUUCAAAUGCGCAGACAUGUCGAACGCAAACUACCGAUACACAGUUGACUGCGGUUUGACGCCAGAACAGAGGGACUUUUAUGAGGAAAAUGGUUACAUCAUCUUCAGGAAGCUGCUGCCCGACGAGGAUCUCGAUAUUUGCAAACAACGAUUCCUCGAUGUGUGCAACGGAAAAGUCUCUGUGGUAAGCGUCAUAAAGGACAUAAAGGUGAAAGCCACAGGCGAGACGAGACCUGAAUAUCUCUUCAAUAAGAUCCAAGAGAUUGUUUACGAUGACGUGUUUUACAAGCAUUACGCUUCGCAUCCGAAUCUCGUGGAGGCAGUCAAAAAGUUUAUUGGUCCCAAUGUGACAGCUACCCACUCGAUGGUGAUCAACAAACCUCCGGUUACGUCCGAACUUUACGCGACGCAUCAUCUUCACCAGGAUCUGCACUAUUUCCCUUUUAGACCGGCGGAUAAAAUCGUUGCUGCAUGGACGGCGAUGGAAGAAGUUACUGUGGAAAAUGGAUGUUUGUACGUUCUUCCGGGUUCGCACAAAGGUCCAUUGUUGCAGCACAAAAAUAUCGAUCCUGCUAAAAAAAUGUUGUUCUACGGAUUGAAAGGAUACGACGACAUUCCUAAAGUGAAUCUUAUCAUGGAGAAAGGAGACACCGUUUUCUUCCAUCCGCAUCUGAUGCACGGCUCCGGUUUAAAUACCACAAAAGGAUUCAGGAAAUCGAUAUCAAUUCAUUUCGCUGACAGCAAUUGCCAUUUCAUCAAUCACAAGGGCACUGUGCACGAGGCGAUUGGUGGAGAUUCAGAGGAGUUAUUCGCCAAAAUGUACAACGAAAAAGUUAAUUUCCAAUUCCUUUGGAGGAUGAAGAGUCGCUUGAUAUGCGGGAAGCCGGGAAAUUUCCAAAAAUUCGGUGAAAGCCAUUUGUAGAUAAAACAAAAAUGUUAUUUUUUUUUU